GAGUUUCUGUCUCCGCCUGUCUGCAGCCUGUAUGACCAAAUCAGGAACCUAGAUCCUGCACACAUACAUGCUGAUGUCACACACUUAAUGUUCCUGCAGCAGCUUCCCCAGAUUGGCUUCACUCAGAGAUAAGAAGGAAGGGACCAACUAUUAUUCCUUUGAAACUGCAACCAGUUUAAAAGGAAUAAGAAAGCAUUCUAACAGAGAGGAGACAUGGGGACCAUUUGGUUCACAGUUUGGUGUGCUUUACUCUUGAAUGUUCAGGCUUCACCAGCAGGGGGCACAGAAGACCAAAUAUGUGAACCAGGAUUUGACUCAGAAUCAGUUAUUUUUAAAGUGACUGAAAAGCGUCUGAGGCCGACCACCAUCCUGGGAAAAGUGAACUUCACCGACUGCACAGAUGUCACGAGGCUUUUUAUCACCACUGAUCCCUAUUUCUAUGUUGAGACUGAUGGGACAGUAAGGGUUUCCAGAUGGUUGGUUCUUCAGGAGGGACAACGACGUUUCUUCAUCCACUCCUGGGAUUCAAAAGGCAAGAAACGGACCGUCUCUGCUGUGGUUCAGUACCAAAGGGAUCAUGAUGCAGCCCACGGCCUCCAGAGUGAUUUUCCCCUUAAGGAUAUCACAAAUAACUUAGAGGUUCCAUUCCUGCAUUUUCCAUCGUCCAGUGAAGUACUGAGGAGGAAAAGGAGCCUUCUCUUCAAUACUAUUAGUAUUGUAGAGAAUUCCAGAGGACCUUUCCCUUUACGUGUUGCUCAGAUUCGCUCUGAUGCUGAUAGAACUGCAAAGAUCCGUUACAGCAUCAGUGGUCCAGGAGCAGAUCAACAUCCUGUUGGUCUUUUCACCAUGAACAGAGACACUGGUCAUCUGUAUGUCACACAGGGACUGGACAGAGAGACAAAAGACACAUAUGAGUUACAGGUACAGGCUGUGGUGGAUGGUUCAGCCCCUGCUGAGGCGCCUGAGCUGAUUGUUGUCAAAGUAAUUGACCAGAAUGACAACAAACCUGUUUUCACCUUCUUGGGAAAUGUGGCCGAGUCUUCACCAAUAGGUUCUGAGGUGAUCAAGGUUACGGCUACAGAUGCUGAUGAGCCAAACAGUGACAACUCACGUAUCAGUUAUCGCAUUGUGAGCCAGGAACCUCAGCAACCAAAUCCAUCCAUGUUUGUCAUAAACCCAGCUACUGGAGCCAUCAGUGUCAAUGCUGCUGGACUGGACAGACAGAAAUACCCUGAGUAUACCCUGGAGGUAGAAGCAGCAGAUAUGAAUGGGCAGGGACAUUCUGCAUUAACAAAAGUAAUCAUCUCUGUAACUCCUGGCACCGAGCUCCCUCCUGCCCAAGGAGGAGGGAGAAGCAGGAGGGAUGCAGAUCAAGAGAUUCAUCAUUCUUCUUCAGAGAAAAUGUUCCUAGAUCUGUUGCUUCUUCCAUCUGAAGAAGGGAUGAGGAGAAGGAAGAGAAGCUGGGUUAUUCCUCCCCUCAGUGUUCCUGAGAACAGCAGAGGACCGUUUCCUCUAAACCUUGCUCAGGUCCGCUCUGACAGAAGUGAAGUGACAAAAAUCAUUUACAAGCUUCGUGGUCCAGGAGCUGACCAGCCACCUGUAGGCCUUUUCAUUAUAGACAGCGACUCUGGUUGGUUGGCAGUCACACAGACACUGGACAGAGAGAACCAGCACAAGUACACAUUAGAAGCACUUGCAGUGGAGGAAGGACAAACCGAAGCAUCUGAGACCAUUGAAAUAAUUGUGAAUGUAAUCGAUCAGAAUGACAACAAACCAGUUUUCAGCAGAGACACCUUCCAGGGAGAAGUGCCUCAGUCCUCAGCUAAAGGUUUUCAGGUGAUGACGGUUCAGGCCACAGAUUCUGAUGAGGAAAAUUCUGACAACUCCGAUAUCUGCUAUCGCAUUAUAAGCCAAGAACCCGAAGAACCAAAUCCUUCCAUGUUUGCAAUCAACGCGACUACCGGGGUUAUCACAGUCGAGGCUACGGGGCUGGACAGAGAGAAACACCCACAGUACACACUGACAGUGACAGCUGCAGACAUGAGAGGCGAGGGGCUGAUUGGGACAGCCAAGGUCAUCCUAACUAUAACGGAUAGUUCUUCCCCUACUGGCUGGGUUAUUCCUGACAUUCCAGUUCCUGAGAACGUGAUUGGACCUUUCCCUUUACAGCUAGCUCAGAUCCGCUUUAAAGAGGAUGAAACAAAGAAGAUAAUUUACAGCAUCAGUGGACCAGGAGCAGAUCAGCCUCCUGUUGGUCUUUUUACUAUGGACGGAGACACUGGUCAUCUGUAUGUCACACAGGGACUGGACAGAGAGAACCAGGACAAGUAUACAUUGCAGGUAAAUGCUGUGGCAGAGGAUGGAGGGACGACAGUAGGACAGACACAGGCUGUGGUCAAAGUUACCGACCAGAACGACAACAAACCUGUUUUUAAUAAAGACACCUACGAGGGAGAAGUGCCUGAAGCCUCACCCAGAGGUUUUGAGGUGAUUAAAGUGGAGGCCACAGAUGCUGAUGAGCCAAAUACUGACAACUCAGAGAUUCGCUAUAGCAUUAUAAGCCAGGAACCAGCGGAACCCUCCAUGUUUACCAUCGACCCAGUUUCUGGAGCCAUCACUCUUAGUACUGAUGGACUGAAUAGAGAGAAACAGCCUCAGUACACUCUGCUGGUCAAAGCAGAAGACUCUGCUGGCAAAGGCAGCACUGCUUUAUUUGAGCAAGUUAAAGUAACUCUGACCGUGACAACAAACUCUGCGUCCAUGUCUCAGGCUUAGAGCUAUAUGGCUAUAUGAUGAGCUUUUCUGCUGUGGAGGAGACCUGACGUCAAAACUUGUGUUUGUGUGAAAAGUGUUUAAAGGAAUCUUUGCUUCUCUCUGUUUAUUCUUAGCUGAACUAUCUUUCAGUUAUCUUCACAUGUUUUCACUUCCCUGAAGAUGAAAUAAGAAUGUGAUUUUUCUGCAGCUGUUAAUAUCGGGUCAAGGUUUAUAGCUUAGAGUUGCUUCUAUUUGUUCCUCUACAUUUUCUACAUGAAAUGACGACAAUAACAGGAACUACAUGGUGACGUACCUGUAUGAUUUAUAGGGUCCUCCAUUAAUUUGUCAUGAAAUAAUACAGUGUGAUAUGCAAUCUGAUCCAUUUAUGACUCUAAUAAACUUUUGAAUGUUCUUUAAGAACUUUUCCAGGAACAUUCAGUAAAUGUACAUUUAGAAUGCUUAAUGUUGCCUUGUUGUUAUAAGACAUCUAAUAUUUGCCUUUCUCCCGUCUUUAAGAUUUAUAUGUUGGUGAUUAGCAUUACGCAUCAUGAGGGGUCAAUGUAAGCAUAGACAUGUUCAAUAAACUGGAAUAUUAUUGAAAGUUUUGUGCAUUUCAUUUUAUCAAACACAUUAUACAUAAUUUCCACACAGACUGAUGUUUUCAAGCACUUUAUUUCUCUUGAUUUAGAUCAUUUUCUGCAUCCAGCUAAUGAAAACAUAACAUUUAAAAUUAUAACACGACAUCAGACCAAUAAAAAUAUUUUCAAUAUAGAAAUGUUUGAUUAAAGAAAAGUACGGUUGUUAUUUGUAAAAUCCACUUUUAAUCUGAGAAACAAGCUGCAUAUUAACCAAUAUUCUAAUUUAUUGAAUAUUGCUGUGGGAGAUAAAGGUAUUUUCAACUGUGUAUAUGUCAUUUGUCUUAGCAAGUUAUUUUUUGUUUGUUUUAUCUUAUGCUUCAUACAUUUGUAAAACCUACUUUGGAAAUAAACUGUUUGCUAUUUCUAA